UUUUCGAGCUGCUUGACAGUCGCUAUCCGGACUGGCUGAAAUGGCGUUGCAGCAGCACUAGGCUCGAUGUUGUUCAUAACUGUUAUGAUUUUUGGUGUUGGUCUUGCGGGUUUUUUUGCUCUUUGCACCUGAGACCCAUAGUCUCGGGAGGCCUCGGACUCCUUAGAACAAAAUACGUGGUUGGAAACGUGAUACUGUCAACUUUUGGAGAAUAAUUUGCUUCCUUUACGUAGGCCUAAGCCAAACCUCGGCACUUGGCGAAGGAGGCACACCGCCUUCCCGUCCGUGGCUUUCGGGAGCUGAUGAUAAUUUGGAAGCGAUCACCCUUAGUUUCUGAUGCGGUCUACUUGAAGCAAAGGACAUGAUGUUCGUAGCAUUUGUGACCUUUAUUGACACGAUGCUGGACCCAUUUUGUAAACCUGGUUUGAAAAAAAAAUGUGCAUACUGCUGAGCCAUGGUGAAUUUGGUGUCGCCUGUGUGACAGUGUUCGUCACUGAAACCCAGCUUCACCACACCUGAUUCACACAGGUUAACCCUGGGAGCCAAGGGCCCCCUUAUUAUUGAGCUUGACCAGUCCAAUUUUGCAGAGGACGGAGGGCAGCUUUAAUUUGCUACACGGUCCAAUCUAAUCCAGCAGUCCAGCGCAAGAGCAGAACACCUGUGCUCUUUGGCUUCAACAGUCCUCCUGUUUCCAGAAUGGCAUCGGUUCCCGUCUACUGCCUCUGUAAGCUCCCCUAUGACGUCACACGCUUCAUGAUCGAGUGUGACAUCUGUCAAGACUGGUUCCAUGGAAGCUGUGUCGGAGUGGAGGAGGAGAAGGCCGCAGAUAUUGACCUGUAUCACUGCCCCAACUGCCAGGUGACACAUGGCCCUUCUGUCAUGCGAAAGCGGCGAGGGAGUCACAAACAGGCAGACAGUGGAAAUGUAGGGCGAGAGGCGGGUCGCCCGGUGAAGACUGGCAGCUCUCAGUUUGUAAGAGAGCUUCGCAGCCGUACCUUCCCCAGUGCGGACGAGGUGCUGCUGAAGCCGACGGGGGCCCAGCUGACGGUGGAGUUCCUGGAGGAGCGCUCCUUCAGCGUGCCCGUGCUGGUGCAGCGCAAGGACGGCCUGGGAAUGAGCCUGCCGCCCCCGUCCUUCUCCGUGUCCGACGUGGAGCACUACAUCGGCUCGGACAAGGAGAUCGACGUGAUCGACGUGUGCCGUCAGGCCGACAUGAAGAUGCGCCUGGGAGACUUCGCCCAGUACUACAACAGCCCCAACAGAGACCGCGUCCUCAACGUCAUCAGCCUGGAGUUCUCCGAGACCAGGCUGUCUAACCUGGUGGAGACGCCAAAGAUUGUGCGGAAGCUGUCCUGGGUGGAGAAUCUGUGGCCGGAGGAGUCGGUGUUCGAGAGGCCCAACGUGCAGAAGUACUGCCUCAUGGGGGUGAAGGACAGCUACACUGACUUCCACAUCGACUUCGGGGGCACCUCCGUGUGGUAUCAUGUACUGCGGGGAGAGAAGAUCUUCUACCUCAUCAGGCCCAGCGCGGCUAACCUGGCCCUGUUUGAGCACUGGAGCUCCUCGUCCAAUCAGAACGAGCUCUUCUUUGGCGACCAGGUGGACAUGUGCUACAAGUGCGCCGUUAAGCAGGGGAACACCCUCUUCAUUCCCACAGGGUGGAUACAUGCUGUUCUGACCCCAGUUGACUGCUUGGCAUUUGGCGGAAACUUCCUGCACAGCCUCAACAUCGACAUGCAGCUCCGGGCGUACGACAUAGAGAAGCGCUUGAGCACCGCCGACCUGUUCAAGUUCCCCAACUUUGAGACUGUGUGCUGGUACGUGGGGAAACACCUGCUGGACACUUUCAGAGGGCUGAGGGAGAACCGCAGGCAUCCUGCCACCUACCUGGUCCAUGGAGCCAAGGCUCUGAACAAUGCCUUCCGCGGCUGGACACGCAAAGAGGCCCUGGCUGAACACGAGGAGGAAAUUCCUGAGACAAUUAAAACCCAGCAGCUGAUUAAGGAUCUGGCCAAGGAGAUUCGCCUGGUGGAGGACAUCUUCCAGCAGAACCUGGGGAAGACGGGCGCUCCAUUUGGGGGUUCCCGCGCCAUCUCCUCCUCCUCCUCCUCCGUGUCCAGUGCUACGCUUACCGCCCCCCACACGCCAGGUCGCCCCCCAGGCAGGAAGAGAGGCCCUAAGCCCAGAGAGGAGGGCGCAGUGGCCCCCAACGUGAAGAAGAAGGGCAAAAUGCUCAAGGGAGGGGCGGGAGACCUGGACCUGCUGGAGAUUCACACCAAACACACGCUGAAGAAACACCAGCCAGGGAACAAAGGCAGGAGCAAGCUGGGGGCGCCAGCAGCCUGCCUUGACAACCUGGAGGGGGAACUGAACAAGAGCAAGCUGAGGCUGGUGCUGACUAAUGGCAAAACGCUGGGGAAGAAAGGCAGCCGCUCAGCCAGUGGUGGAAGGGCAGGGGGCGUGGCCCAGUUCCAGCCUUUGAUGGGCCAGAUGGAUGAUAUGGAAGGAGAAGCCUUUUCUGACUUUGAGUCCGAGGACGAGCUGCAGAUCGACGAAUCCCCGCCCACCAAGCGCAGAGCCAAAGCACAGACCAAGAAGAGGCUUUCCGGUCUGCCGAGGAAACUGCCCCGUGCUAAGCCGUGCUCAGACCCUCACCGUGUGCGGGAGCCUGGAGAGGUGGACUUUGAUAUCGAGGAGGACUACAGCACAGAUGAGGACUCUCUGACUGUGCAGGGGGUGAAGGGUGGCGCUGGGGGGAUUCUGGACCUGCUGAAGGCCAGCAAGCAGGUGGCUGGUCUGGAUUCUGCUCUUAGUGAGGACGCCCCAGCAUCUCCCAGUACACGCGAUGCCAUACAGGGCAUGCUGUCCAUGGCCAACCCCCCCUCCUCCUCCUCUUCCUCUUCCUCCUCCCUCUCCGUGUCCGGGAGCACAGGAAAAGGAAAAGGGGGCGGGUCCUCGUGGUGGGCCAGCGGGGCCCAAAAAAGAGGAGGCGCUCCCGAAAAGAAAGGCGCCGCCCAGCGGCCUGGAAAACGUCCAGUCAAGCGACCCGCCCGUCACCUCAGUGACGACGGGGAGGAGAGUGUGGAUGAGCAGGAAACGCUGGGAACCUGCUUCAAAGAUUCAGAUUACAUCUAUCCCUCUCUGGAGUCGGAUGAGGAAGACCACGCCAUGAAGUCCAAGAUGAAGAGAAAGAGGAACACGGACGACAUACCGUGGAACCCCAAAGCCCGCGUGACCCCCACCCUACCCAAGCAGGAGCGCCCCCUGCGGGAAGGGGCCAGGGUAGCGUCCGUGGAGACAGGGCUUGCUGCUGCCGCAGCCAAACUGGCACAGCAGGAACAGCAGAAAACCACCAAGAGGAAAUACACCAAAAAGCGCACCCCAGCGCCAAACCCUGCCCAGGUCCAGCUCCCCCGUGCGCCGUCCCCAAGCUCGCCCCCCCUGCCCCCCGACCCCCCCUCCGACUGCGGGGUGGAGGACAGGAGGGUGGAGUCUUUCUCGGCCAGCCUGCUGGACCACGAGUACACAGCGGGCCCCGGGCCGUUCGGGCAGGGGGGCCCUCGGGGGUCCGGCGCCAUGGCGCCCGGGGUGUUUCUGUCCUCCAGACGCCCCUCGCUCUCCCCCCAAAACAGCAGCAGCCUCUCCCCCUCUGCCCACUCUCCAGCGGGGGGCGCCAGCGCCGGAAUGGGACAAGGGAAGCGCUUGAAGAAAGGCCUGGCCACAGCCAAACAGAGACUGGGGAAAAUCCUCAAGAUCCACCGCAACGGCAAGCUGCUGCUGUGAGGGCGGCCGCUGGGCGUUUACACCGGAGUGAAGGAGAGGAGAGUUUAUAUUAAUAAGGGGGGAGUGGGAGGGGCCGGGGGUGGGGUUUAUAUAGAGGGCGGGGUUUAUAGGGAAUCGCUGAAACAGGAGGGCGGGUGAACGGCGGUACAUGGAAGAACGCGUUAGGGAGGGUCGGGAGAUCCUGUACUUUAAUUUGGUCGCUUUUUAUUCCGCCGAAGAUCUCAUUCCAUCCCUUGCUCUCACUCCCUGGCGUUCUCCCUCACAGUACAUCUCCCUCACUCUCACUCUAUUGCCCCACCUCUCCCUGUCCAACACACAGAGCCCACUGCAUCCAUGUACCUCUGUCAGAAUGGGCAGAAUCGGGGGGGGGGGGGGUUACUCUCUGUGGUUGCCAUUGGCUCCCAUCGCCCGCUGUUUAUGUAGCGGAGAUGGCCAAGCACUCUAACACGCACCCUCCUCACAGAAACAAAUAAUGGAAAUAUGGUGAUAUAGCAAAAUGAGGUUUUUAAAAAAAAAAAAAAAAAAUUACAUUCAUAUACUGUUAUGAAAUAUGUAUAUAAUUUGUUAGUGAACUGUGACCUUGCUAGUGUCCUCAAACUGUCAUAUUGUGUGAACAGCAGCAUUUUAUGGAGGAGGAACCGUAGUGUUUGUGCUGAGAGUAUUAGUGCAGGGCUCCCCUCUCUCUGGGAUCCCUCCAGCUGGAUCCAUGCAUUUGAUUUGUUCCACCUCAAGCACACGUGAUGCGGCUAAUGAAGGGUUUGAUUUGUUGUAUGAGGUGCACUUGAGGUGGAACACAUCAAAUACACGUCUGGAUGCAGCUGGGGGCACCCAGAGAGAGGUCUGGGAACGACUUCAGCAGGGAGAGUUCUGGAAGGGUUCAGAUUGGCGGCACCAUGGUGUGAGCAGGUUAGCAGAGAAUAGAUUUGUACAGCCAGUUGGCUCUUUCGCUGUCUGGUGUUUGUGGGGAACAGCAGCUCCUGAGGAGGGUGUGGCUGCAUAGAGGUGUGUGUUCCAGGGCUAAUUUCAGCACUGCGCCCCCUCCCCCCUCCGCCCUCUCUUUCUGUCUUUUGCCCCCCCUCUCCCCUUCUUUUUUAUGUUUUGGUAUCAUUAAAAGAGGAUGUGUAAUAUUUUGACUGCAGUAGAUGUCUUGGCGAUGAUUAUGUUGUGUGUGCAAAUGUGAGUAAUGCAUCAGGACUGUAUGUGUGCGCGUGCGGUUGUGUGUGUGUGUGUGUGUUUGUGAGAGAUGGAGAGAAAGCGAUGCAUCUUUUGAGUUUGAAUGUAUGAAUUAGGAAAGGGAAUGUUUGUGAGGGAGGAGGAGACCUUUUCCCUGUUGACUCAGGCCAGUGCAAAUUGUAGAGUUUUUCAGAUUUGUGUUAAAUUUCAGACGAGGGGUGUUUAUAGGACAUGAUUUAGCACUGAGGGUUUAUUUUGCUUAUGUUUUGUAUACAUUUUUGUUUGUAUGUAAAUCAUUGUGUUUUAUACAGUAUGUACACAAGGACAUUCACUGUCCAUCAUCUAACCCGCUCCAGCUCUUUUUAUUCCUUUAUUUCUGUUGUUUUUGUCCUUCCGUCCGUCUUUCUCUAGCCAUUUUCUCCCUUUCACUGACCCCCCCCCCCCCCCCCCCACAGCCAUUUAAACCCUGUUUUCUCCAAAGUCAGCAUGUCUGUCCCGGGGGGGGGGGGGGGUUUGGUUCCUAAAGGUUUAAGUCUUUAAAUGAGUAAUACUCUCAUAUCUAUAUUAAGGCUGUCUCCUGCUCAGAAUAUACAUGCAUAUUCAGAUAUAAAUUGGAUCCUGUUGAAUAUGGUAAUGGUAACUAAAGUAAUAUGUCUGGAAGCAGAAGUCCCCACCCCUUAUAGACCUGGAGUUCUUUGCAAAUGAUUUUUAAAAAGCUUAUUUUGACUCAAGAUCCAUAUUUGCUUGUUGAAUUAUGUUUUAACUGAUUUUAAUGGUGUUUUUAGAUAAAUGUGUCUUUAUAAGUAACCCUGAGCAGACUAUUGGGUGGCUUGACAUUGAAUUUAGGUUCCUAUUGGCUACCAUUAUUGUAACUGAACUGUGGGACUUGGUGUAAUAUAGAUGUGAACAGCAGGGGGAGGACUGCAAUGCAUUUUAUGCUCGGUAAGCAACGCAGCAAGGUUUAACAUAGCGUUAGGCUGAAGGUAGGGUUAUGUUUGGUGUCCAGUCUGUAGUUUUCAGAAAAGAAGAGAAGUCCAGGUGGGAUUGGGGAAGGGGUGGGGGGUGGCUUUGGUCUGUACAUAAUUGGUGUCAUUUUGUUUUUAUAGUUUGAGAAAAAUAAUAGUCUUUCUUAGAAAUAUUCUUUAUAAAAAUGUUUUGGGGAAAUAUCGAGUUCACAUGAAAAAACAUAGAUAAAGAAAGUUAUUCAGUUCAGAUGUUUUGGUUCACUUUAUAAGCAGUUAAGCUUUUAUUAUAAUUAAGCCUUUAGUUGGUUUGAUGUUUUUAUGGUUUAUUAUUAUUAUUAUUAUUAUUAUUGUAAUAAUGAAGUUAAUAUUUACCAAUGAAAUAUCUAUUAUGUUCUUUUACAGUUAUGUUUUGUGUGUAAUAUUAUUUUGAUUGUUAAUAUGAAUAAUUCCCUCUUUGUUGUAAACAAAUUUUGUUAACUUUUUUUUAAUGUUUCCUUUGGGGAUGAGAGGGGAAGAGUUCAACUGAAAUAUAGCUUUUGCUUUUUUAAAUUAGGGAUUAAUUGUUUCAUUGUCAUGUGUCAGUUUGUACUUCACUGUGCAUUGAAUCCCACUGCAUCUUAAGGGGUAUUGAGAGUGCAAAGCCUCUUUAGGCACAGCUUGCCCUGUUCAAUGACAACUUUCAGUCCAUUCUUAAUUAUUGUACAUAUUUGGAAGCAAGUAGGUUUAAUUAAUAUAUUUUUGGUUGUGACCCUAGAGUGCAAAUGCCUAGCAUUCCCACAGUAGCAUUUCACCAAAGCUGAUUAGUCUUGUUGUGGGACGAAAUCUCACCUUCAGACAAGUCGCAGGUGGGUGAUUUGCAUGAGUGCGAUUUAGUCCUGAAUCAUGGCUAAUCCGUGAGGUGGUAGCCCCCACCCCACCCCCCCAUAACUUUUUUUUUUGUUGUUAAAAUUGAGACUCUUCUCAACAGACAGAUUUAAAAUCACUUUCUUGAAAGUUAAUAUUGAAAUGUGAACAGUUUUGUCAGCUUUCAUAAAUAAUGCAUAUUUCUUUGUUGUGAGGCAUGUUUGUGGAGUGUUCACGUGCAGCUUCUUCACACACAGUCUUUCAUACUCUCUCUCUGUGAAUAUUGUCCUUUCCCUCCUUUUGUAAUACCUCCUUGUCUUAUCUGUCCAGUUUAGUGUGACGUCCUCAAAGUUUUGUUUUCAAAAAUGGACUUUACUGUACAUUUGCAGUUCCUCUCAGGGUUUAUUUUGUAUCUCAAGCAAAAUUAGGUAAAAAUUUCACUAAAGAAAUGGUAGUCAAAUAUAUUCAUUACUGUCAAAACAAUAAGCCCCAAACCAGGUUAAAGUCAAGUGUGCAGUUUUACAUGUGGUAUGCAAACUCCAACAACCUCUCAAUUUCCUGGCUUACUUUCAUAAAAAACAAACAUAUAAAAAACAGAACUUAAGUGGAUUUUCAAAUGAACUCAAUAAAAUUGUAUUUUUUAGAAACCCA